UUCACUUUGUCAUGCAUUGACAAAAACAAGCAGAAUGACAUGCUGGAGUCAGCGGGUCAAAAGGUAAGAACCGGAGUUGGGCCUGUGUGAGCACAUCUAUGCUGCCAGCACUUGGGAAGCUGAGGCAGGAGGACUGAGAGCUGGAGGCCAGCCUGGGCUACACAAGCCAGGCCCUAUUAAAUUUUUUUUUUUUUAAGGCAUGUUUAUGGCUCUUCCUAGUUAUUUUCCAGAAGAUGGGUUGGUUUAACAGGUACCGUUUGCAGUAUGGGGAAAGUAAUCUUGCGUUGGUUUGCCUGCGUUUGAUUUUAGCAGUCUAUUAACCGUUUACUGGGCUUCCAUUAACCUUUUAUUAAAGCAGUUAUAGUUGAUUGAAUUUCAGGCAGCACCGUCGGGUGGGGCUGGGGUGGCGCGAGCGCGUUGGGGCGCCCCCUGCCGUCCAUUGUGACGCCGAACGCGCCCCGGCUCCCCCAGCGAGCGACCCGGGAAGAGCCGGGAGAGACGGAGUCCCGGAACCAUGGCCGAAUCCCAGGAGGAGCUGCUGCAGCUACAGAAGGACAACCGCGACGGGCGGCUGCGGAACCAGGAGCUGGAGGAGCUGGUGCGCGGGCUGGAGGCCGAGAGCGAGAGCCUCAGCGCGCGCCUGCAGGACCUGCGCGAGUACGAGCGCAGUCUGCAGCAGAGGAGCAUCGAAGAGGCGCAGGCGCUACGCCGUGACCCACGGGUGGUGGCGCGGGAGCGUGUGGAGCGGGCGCAGCGGCUGCUGGAAGAGACCGAGCAGCACAAGCAAGAGCUGACGCUUCACUGCCGGCAGCUGCAGCAGCAGUGGGAGGAGCUGUCCAGUCAGCUCUUUUACUACGGCGGCGAACAGUUGAGCCAGCAGCAACUCCAGGCCCAGCUGGUGGCGACGCAGCAGCUGGAGCAGGCGGAGGCCAAGCGUGCCACGCAAGCGGAAGCCUUGAGGCAGGGAGUGCAGCGGACCCAGGAAGCUUGGGCCACCUUCCAGGAGCAGACGGGGGUCCUGCAGGAGCUGCAGGGGAAGGUGAUGGAGGCGGCGGCGGCGCUGGAGGCUUCGCGAGGCGGCCUAGAGGUGCGGCGCUCGAGGCCCCGUCGGUGGCGGGCCGGCGCCGGCUCGCUCAUGGAGGAGGUGGCCCGGGCCGACUGCAAGCGGCUGCUCGGAGGCGCGGAGAGUUUCAGGCUGUGGGCGCUGGGCACGCUGCAGACGGCGCUGCUGCUCCCGGUCGGUUUGCUGGCCUUGCCGCUGCUCUUCGUGGUGCUGGCGAAUCCCGACUUGCAGGGCCUCCCGGACCUCCCUGGCCUUAGCGCGGACGUCUCCUUCCGCCGGCUGCGCUACACGCUGUCCCCGCUGCUCGAGCUGCGCGUGCGCGGGCUGCUGCCUGCCUAGUGCACAUCACGCCCACUGCACGCAUCUCUAGUCUCCCGUGUAGUUUCUGGGGCGCGCGCAGUGGGGAGACCGCGAUGGGG